UCCCCAAUAGCUAACCACUGUGUCUGAGCCAAUGGAUUGUCGAGCAUCUCUCUUCUCUCUCCUCUUCCUAUUCGUCGUCGUCUCGGCUGCGACGACUUCGUCGGAGUCGGAGUUGGAGUCGGACUCUUUGAUUCGACAGGUCGUCGGCGGGGCCGAUGGCAUGUUGGGCGCGGAGCACCGGCACUUCGAGCUGUUCAAGAGGAGGUACGGCAAGUCGUACGGGUCGCAGGAGGAGCACGAGCACAGGUUUAAGGUGUUCAGGAGGAACCUACGGCGAGCGCAGCGGCACCAAAAGAUGGACCCGUCGGCAACCCACGGCGUGACCCAGUUCUCGGACCUGACCCCGUCGGAGUUCAGGAAGUCAUUCCUGGGGCUCAGGAGCCGCCUCAGAUUGCCAUCGGAUGCCAACACGGCUCCGAUCUUGCCGACCGAAGAUCUUCCGGACGAUUUUGAUUGGAGAGAACAUGGAGCUGUUACCGCUGUCAAAAAUCAGGGUUCGUGCGGAUCAUGUUGGAGUUUUAGCACAACUGGGGCCCUGGAAGGUGCUAACUUCCUUGCCACUGGGAAGCUUGUUAGUCUUAGCGAGCAACAGCUUGUGGACUGUGAUCAUGAGUGUGAUCCUGAAGAGCCAGGCUCAUGCGACUCUGGGUGCAGUGGUGGGUUGAUGAAUAGUGCCUUUGAAUACACACUUAAAGCUGGUGGACUGAUGAGAGAGGAAGACUAUCCUUACACCGGUACUGAUCGUGCGACCUGCAAAUUUGAUAAAUCCAAGAUUGCAGCAUCAGUAUCCAACUUCAGUGUCGUCUCCCUUGACGAAGAUCAAAUCGCUGCUAAUCUUGUGAAAAAUGGUCCUCUUGCAGUGGCUAUCAAUGCGGUGUUCAUGCAGACAUAUGUCGGCGGAGUUUCAUGCCCAUACAUAUGCUCAAGGCGGCUGGAUCAUGGGGUGUUAUUGGUGGGCUAUGGCACAUCUGGCUAUGCUCCUGUCCGAAUGAAGGAGAAGCCAUAUUGGGUCAUCAAGAACUCGUGGGGUGAACACUGGGGAGAGAGUGGGUUCUACAAAAUCUGCAGGGGUCGCAAUAUCUGCGGAGUGGACUCAAUGGUCUCGACCGUUGCUGCUGUGCAAACCACCUCAGAGUAGGGCAUGAAUUCUAGUUAUAUUCAUCGCCCUAAAUGUCUGUAUAUAUAAGGGAUGACAUUCAUGUUGCAACUUGGGAGUUCUCAAAUUCCAAAAACAUUUGACAGAUAUGUCAUUGGGAUUAUUAAGACGACUCAAAUGUUAUAAUUUUAUGUUUUUGAAGUUCUCUGA